AUGGGCCAUCAGCGACAUCCGCGGACCUGCGCUAUAUUUCUUCAAAAAGAGGGUCCUGGAGGAACCAGCACUCACUUCUCACUCGGCCAUGGACGGAGAAGCAACGGCGACACGAUCACGAGUAAAUAUGACGAUAAGGAUUUUGGUCGUCUUCUUGUCCGUCAUGGCGACGUUGGCCGACCACGACGUCGAGCGCAGCAACGAGAGGACCAACAAGGACGGAUUUGGCUCGAUGUCGUCGAUGGCCCAAAGUCUGGGCCUUCCCGCCAACGCGGCGUCGCUGGGCCAGAGCAUGGGCCUACCCGGCUUCUGGUUCAGACAGACCGCGUGCCCGCCGUGCCUCAGCAGUGCGUCGCCGAGUCCGGCCAGGAAGGCGUCUGCGUGCUCGCCAAGCAGUGCCUCAAGGACGGGGGCGUCUCGCUGGGACGAUGCACCGACGGCAAGAUGAUCUGCUGCCACCGCCCCGAAGAGGAGAAGUUGGUCAAGUGCGGCGGCGUGGUCAACGACAACGAGGUGGUGUUCCGCAGUCCCGACUACCCUCACCAGCAAGCGGUGUAUGGCCAGUGCCAGGUCACGGUGCACGCCCGAGAGGAGGUUUGCCAGCUACGGCUCGACUUCUCCGAGUUUUCGCUCUCGCCGCCAGAGACUUGCGGACCGCGAGCGGGCUACUGUCUGGACGACGCCUUCAGCGUGUCCGCGGGCGUCGAGUCGUCAAGCUACCCCGUCCUCUGCGGCUUCAACAGCGGACAGCACAUGUACAUUGACGUAAGCCAGAGCAAGCAGGCCGUCCUUUCCGUUCGUCUGAGUGCCCGCACAGAAAUGGAGCGCCGAUGGAGCAUUCGCAUCACGCAGGUCGCCUGCUGGAGCCCCACCAUGGCUCCCGAAGGCUGCCUUCAGUACCACACCAAAGCUGCAGAUACCAUCACCAGCUUCAACUUCGCCCGCAACCCAACCGGUUUCCAUUAUUUGGCCAACAUGCAUUACUCCAUUUGCAUCCGGCGUCAGCUUGGCUUUUGCUCUAUCCUGUUUGAGGAGAAUGGUGCCAACGGCUUCCGCCUCAGCCCCCUGGUAAACCAGCGUUGCCGCGACGCUUACGUACUCAUCCCUACCGGCUCAACUGGCACUGUCACCGAAGGCAACCUGGGUGACCGCAUCUGCGGCACCACUUUUACACCCGUUGCUGCCAACCUUGCGCCCUUCCGUGUGUCGUUCGUUACUGGCCCUCGUAUUGGCUACGCGGACUGCCCUUGCCCGGGACGGCGCCCGAGUGGAUCUCCAUCCCGCCGCCCCAACCUACCAGUACAGCAGCCCACUCUGCCGCCACUUCCUGUCCCCGUCCCAGCACCUGUCCCUGUCCCCGUCCCAGCACCAGUUCCCUUCCCAGCACCUGUCCCUGUCCCCGUACCAGCACCAGUUCCCUUCCCAGCACCUGUCCCUGUACCAGUCCCAGCACCUGUACCAGCACCUGUGCCGGUCCCAGCACCUGUGCCGGUCCCAGCACCUGUCCCCGUCCCAGCACCUGUCCCCGUUCCAGCACCUGUCCCCGUCCCAGCAACCCUUCCUGUUCAACCCGUGACUGUGCCAGUUCCUGUGACUCCGAUCGGAUCGCCGCAGCCCGUAAACCUGGGUGCCCCUCUGUUGAACCAGACGCAGUUUGCCGGAAGGCAGUUCGCCGACGCCCUGGUGUGCCGCGCUGGUGGCUUCAGCCUACGCUAUGCUCAGCUGCCUCACGGUUGCUGAGUGUAUGUAACUAUCCCACCCGCCAUCUAGUCAACUGUACAAUCCUGUAAAUACUGUAAAUGCUGCAAUAAAUUAUCAAUUACUGUU